ACGAUAUAUGAAAAAAACUCAUCAUCGAAGAACAAAGUCAAGUGGUAACUACAUUCCAAAUUAAUCUGAAUUUCUUGUUUAAGAUGAUGAUGAUGAUACUAAUGAAACGAGAGCUAUUAUUAAAAAAAUAUAACAAUAACCUAUUCUACAUCAUUAGAUAGUUGAAAAACUUGAUGAUUAAAAUUAUGGAUUGUUCAAUACUAUGUUUAAUUUUGGUCAAAUGAAGUAUAAACCAAAACAAUCUUUAGAUUUGAGCACUAUUACAGAAUGCAGUUGUAAUGAAUUCAAAAUAUUCAUAGCUACACCCUCAGCGAAAGAUGCUCAACCUAAACAUAGAAAAUGCGGAAGUCAACAAUAGUAAGUGAACAAAUAGCCAAUACGUCAUAAUCAUAGCCAAAGUCUCCAAAUCCAUAGACUUGAAUAAGAAUUGGAACAAAUGAAGGCAUAACAGGCUGAAAUCUAAAAUGUGAACAUGAUGCUCUUUAUUGAAAUUCACAAAUCCCGAUCAGAGCUCUAGAUUUCCUAAUAGGUAACAUUCUCAUCUUCAUAUUAGAAAAAUGAACUCAUUCUUUAACGAAUCACAAAAUUAGAAAAGAUGUUAAGAGAUAAUUAAAAAUUAUCCUGCAUAACUAACGACAGUCUUGAAUUUUUCUGA